UUAGUUUAGUUACUUACUAAAAAUAAUUCCUAAAUACUUAACCUCUAAACUCUAAAAAUUUUUUUCCUUGCGGUUUGGAGGUUAUGUUAUGGAUUUGUCUCCAAUUUGAAUUAAAUAUUUAAAUUUACAUAACUAUGAAAAGGACGUCGGUGUUAUUGCGCCAACAUAUAGGGUGGCAUUUCGAGAAGCAUUGGAGAGUUCAAGGUAAGAGGAAGCCAUUAAACACUGGAGCAGAAAAGAUACUGAAGGAACGAAAUAUUCCAUUUUGUCAGCCAGAAGAUAUUAUUCAAGAAAAACGGGUGUUUGAAAAAGUUGAAAUUGUUGGAUUUAAGAAUAAGCCCGUAGUAUUCGAUAAAACACAUCCCGACUGGCAUGACAGGCCCGUGUUAUCAUACAAAGACAACAACGUUUUGUUAGAGGGAUUAACCCAGGCAAAAGUUUUAACAAAAUCUGUGGAGGUGAAGGAAGGUUUACCAGAAAAUAUUGUCCUGGAAGAUAUUCCAAAAGACAUAAAGAAGCACGUAAAAAAUAUUAUUCUCAGUUCAUGCGUGUUCGAUGCUGAACAGAAAAAGUUACCGAAAAUUAAGGACCCAGAAAGGCCUGCAUGGAAUUUUCCUCGGUUCUACGGGAUCACACAAAACAGAGCAAACAAAUUGUUGAUGUCGAGGUUGCUUCAAUUGAUAGAGUCUACAUGUGGACGUGAUGAUUUAGUUAACGAACGAUACCUAUUUAACGACUUGCUGUUUUCGUUUCCAUUUGAGAGGCAUGGCGAUCUAAUACAAUUUCAACUAAGCGGGGAUACCGUGAUAACGAGUUCGAAGCCAUUGUCUCCCAUUACAGGGGUAUCAACUGAAUCUUUAGAGUUACCGGACAUUACUCCUGUCAAACCAACCAUUACUUUGGUUAAAGACAAUAUCUACAAGCUCGAGAAGAGUUUUCCUAUUAAGUCCUUUGUUAGUAAAUUACACCCUCAUACAAUUUUUACGAGGUACAAUAAGGAAGAGGUAAAAAAUCUGUUUGAGGAAGAAGUGACCGAAGCACAAAUUUUUGGAAGAUCUCUAUUGAAGGCUUUCACGGUUUCUGCUAGUUAUGCUAGGUAUCAGUUUGGGGAUGAUGUGGGACAACUUCCGAAACCAGUCACGGUACAGUCGGUACAGACAGAUGGACAGUUUUAUCAUUUCGGGGUAUUUCAGUUGAAUACGCUGGAUUUAGAGAAAGGGGAUGUGAAAAACGUGUGGUACCAAACUCCCUUGUUGUAUUUAUACGAUAAAUGUUGUUACGUCCUAGGGAAACCUACUUUGGAGGGGUAUAACAAAGAGGUAGUUAAACAUUUAUAUGCAUUUUAUAAUAGCGUUUAAUCCAGUCCAGUUGUGUAUUUAUGAAACGGAAAAAAAAUAAGCGAAUACUGUUUGUAGGUAAGAAAUAAAAAAUAUGAAUAUA